GAGACUCAGAGUUAGCACUUAGCUAAGCUUCAAGUUGCGUGUCCUCAAUCCCGUCCAUCAACCACAACUCCAACUGUGCGACUGAAUGUUUCUAUUGUAACAAUUGAUUUAUUGAUUUCAAUUGUUUUGCUCAAUUCUUGACUUGGUUCUAAAUCUCUUUUCUUUGAAACUUUGGGUCUUUGAAAUAAAGUAUCUGCGAGUGCGCAUGUGUAGGGAAACUCCCUUGACUUGCCCAUCAUGAAUCUUUUUCGAAUCCUGGGGGAUUUCUCCCAUCUUCUUUCAAUCCUGAUUCUGCUCCAUAAAAUGCACCAAACAAAUUCCUGCGCCGGCAUAUCCUUCAAAUCUCAAGCUCUCUACCUUCUCGUCUACGUCACCCGCUACCUCGAUCUCUUCUGGACCUUCACCGAUUCCCUCUACAACACCACCUUCAAGCUCCUGUUCCUGUGCUCCUCCGGCUACACAAUCUACCUAAUGACCACCUCCUUCAAACCCACCCACGACCCCAACCUCGACACAUUCCGCGUGCAGUAUCUUCUUGGUGGUUCCCUUGCCCUCGCUUUCAUCUACCCCUACGCCUAUACCCCCUCUGAAAUCCUCUGGGCCUUCAGCAUCUGGCUUGAAUCCGUUGCUAUCCUCCCACAACUCUUCUUGCUCCAAAGAACAGGAGAAGCCGAGACAAUCACUGCGAACUAUCUCUUCGCAUUGGGAAGUUACAGAGCGUUAUAUAUACCGAAUUGGUUGUGGAGAUAUUUCCAAGAGAGCCACUGGGACGGAAUUGCUGUGUUUGCGGGAGUGAUUCAGACAGUUCUUUAUUCGGAUUUCUUUUGGAUUUAUUACACCAAGGUUAUGAAGGGAAAGAGAUUUACUUUGCCUGUAUAAACUUCUUGAAGGAAUUUAUUGAAUCCAAGCUUUGUUUUACUAAAGCAGAGAUCGAAGCCAGAGGAACGGACGAAAAAGGAUGCGCAGACGAGUCGGUUCGCGACGGAGAGAAAGAAUUACAGAAAAAAGGGAACACCUGUACGACAAAUGGCUCUUUGUCGAAGGAGAGCCAUAGAAAAAAUAAAGAUAUGAUGAGCAUGGCUUGGCGUUGGAUGGAGACGGGUCUCGAGGCACAGCAGGGUAGGGAAACGAGGCUCACAGGUUUUCUCCGGCAAUUUUGUACAGUAUUUGUAAAAUGCAUGCAUAGAGUAUGUUCUCUGACCCAUCAAAAGUGCAACUACACCUUGAAGUGAUUGGAAGGGUAAAUAUAUUUUAUCUA